AUGCAAUAACAAUAUUCAAAAUAAGAAAACUCAAGAGAUUUUGAAGAAUUUCACAAUAUUGAGGAGUUGAAAGAAUUAUUCCUUUUGAAUUCAAUAAAUGAUGGAUCAAGUUUUCAGAAAGUUUUGAAAUUAGGAGGGGAUUAAGGUUUGGCAAAAUAAUUGAAAUCGCAUCUAUUAAAAGGAAUAGAUUCUGAAGCUCAAGUUUAAGAGAAUAGGGAGAAAUUCGGAAAUAAUGAUCCAAUCGAAAAGGAGCCUGCAUAAUUAUGUGAAUUAAUUUUAGAAUGUUUUGGGGAUACAAUGUUAUAAAUUUUGUUAGCAGCUGCUCUGGUUAGCACUAUAAUUGGCAUUAUAAAUGAAGGUGUAAAAACAGGAUGGACAGAAGGAGCAACAAUAUUUUUAGCUGUUUUUUUAAUUGUUUCAAUAACAGCUGGUAAUAAUUAUUUAAAAGAGAGAUAAUUUUAAUAAUUGAGACGUAAAUUAGAUGAUGGAAUGGUAUAAGUAGUUAGGGGUGGAAUAGUUGAAAUAUCCAUAAAAGAAAUAGUUGUCGGUGAUAUAUUGUAAUUUGGUAUUGGAGACAUUUUCCAAGUUGAUGGUUUGAUGAUAUAGGGUUCUUAAAUUAAAGUUGAUGAAUCUCCAAUGACUGGAGAAUCAGAUGAAAUAAAAAAAUUGCCAUUUAAUGAAAUGACUCAAUCAUAAUCAAAUAGCAAGGAUCAUCAUCAUUAUAGUCCAUUUUUAAUAAGUGGCACUCGAUGUUUAGAUGGAAAUGGAUAUAUGUUAGUAUUGCAGGUAGGAUAAAAUACAAUACAAGGAUAAUUAAAACUGUUAUUAAAUUAAGACAAUCCUCCAACUCCUCUUUAAUAAAAGUUAGAAGGAGUGGCUGAAAAUAUUGGAAAAUUGGGUACUUUGGUAGCAAUUUUAACAUUUAUUGCUUUGAUGGGCCAUUUGAUUUAUGAUGUAUUUGUGGAUCAUAAACAUGAAUUACUUACAUUGCUAUCCUUAUAAUUAAUAAUCGAAGCAUUUAUGAUAGGAGUAACAAUAAUAGUUGUGGCUGUUCCAGAAGGUUUACCAUUAGCAGUGACAAUUGCAUUGGCAUAUUCAGUAGGCAAAAUGAAGGAUGAAUAAAAUUUAGUAAAGAAUCUAGCAUCAUGUGAAAUUAUGGGUGGUGCAAAUAAUAUUUGUAGUGAUAAGACAGGAACAUUAACAUAAAAUAUUAUGCAAGUAACUGCAUUAUGGAUUGAGAAUCAUACUUAUAUGAACCAAGAAAUCAAUGUAACUUCAAAGAUUUCAAGAUAAUCUAUAGAGAUUAUGUCUGAAUCUAUAUGUUAUAAUUCAAUUGCAAAUCCAACGAAGGAUAGGGAUACUAAUAGAUGGACAUAGAUAGGGAAUAAAACCGAGUGUGCUUUAAUUGAAUUAGCUGAUAACUUUGGAUUUAAAUACUCUAAUUAUAGAUUAAAUGAAAGGAUUCUUAGACAAAUCCCCUUCAGUAGUAAAAGAAAGAAGAUGGUGACUGCUAUUUUAAAUCCUAAAAAUUAAGCUAUUAGAAUAUUUUGCAAAGGAGCUUCUGAAAUUAUUUUAGCAUAGUGUUUUAGAUAUGUUUCUACGAAUGGUGUUGAAUAGGUUCUUGAUAAAGUGAAAAAAGAUGAAAUUUUGCAUAAUAUUAUAGAAAAUUUUGCAUCUCACUCUCUAAGAACUAUAGCCAUAGCUUAUAAAGAUCUGGAACCUUAAACACAUGUACAUUAAAUAAAUGAGGAUGACAUUGAUAAAGAUCUAACUUUGAUUGCCAUAGCAGGUAUCAAAGAUCCAAUUAGACCUGAUGUUGCUGAUUCUAUAAGAUAAUGCACUAAGUCUGGAGUGACUGUUAGAAUGGUUACUGGAGAUAACCUAAUUACUGCUUAGUCAAUUGCACUUGAAUGUGGGAUAUUAGAGAAGAAUAGAGCCUAAUAGGAAUUUGAAGUAAUUGAGGGCAAAAAGUUUAGAGAUUUAGUGGGAGGACUAGUGAGUGCUAAAAAUGAAGAAGGAAAAGAAAUAAAAGUAGUUAAAAAUAUGUAGAUCUUUUCGAAAAUAAGCAGAGAAAUGAAAGUAAUGGCUAGAGCAUCUCCAGAGGAUAAAUAUCUAUUGGUUACAGGAUUGAUUUAGGAAGGCAAUGUUGUUGCAGUAACUGGAGAUGGAACGAAUGAUGCACCAGCCUUAAAAAAAGCAGAUGUUGGAUUUGCAAUGGGAAUUACUGGAUCAGAUGUAGCAAAAGAUGCUGCAGAUAUAAUUCUAAUAGAUGAUAAUUUUAGUUCAAUUAUUACAGCUAUGAAAUGGGGUAGAAAUAUAUAUGAUUGUAUAAGAAAAUUCAUCCAAUUUUAAUUGACAGUCAAUCUUGUCGCACUAUUCAUGUCAUUUACAGGUGCUGUAAUAUUAAAAUAAUCUCCGUUAAAUGCAAUAGAGAUGUUGUGGGUUAAUUUGAUUAUGGAUACUUUUGCUUCUUUGGCUUUGGCUACAGAACCUCCUUCUAUCAAAGUCUUGGAUAGAUAGCCAUAUCGAAGGAGCGAUUAGAUUGUUUCACCAACAAUGUACAGAACGAUUGUUGGGGCGAGUUUAUAUUAAAUCAUAGUUCUUACGUUUAUAUUAUUUCUACUACCGAAAUUCAUCGAUUGUUCCAUUCCUGAGGAGUUGAUUGAUUAAAAAAAUGUAGUGCAAAUGAGUAUCUUCUUUUAAGCAUUUGUGUUGAUGUAAGUAUUUAAUUCAAUUUCCUGUCGAUAAUUAGAUUAUCACACUAGGAAUCCUUUUGCUAAUUUUUGUAAUAAUCCUUUGUUUUGGAUAGUUUAAAUAAUCACAGUUAUUGUUUAGGUCUUGCUUAUUCAAUAUGGAGGAAAAUAUGUGAAAGUGUCUCAUUUGACGUUGGAGUAACAUUUAUUAUGUGUUGGUCUUGCCGUUGGUGGAAUUAUCUUUUCUGUUCUAUUUAAAUUCAUUCCAGAAGGAUUAUGCUAAAAAAUCCACUUAUUUAGAGAAGAGGAGAUCAAGACAGAAAAGAUGGACUAUACUUUAACAAGUAAAUUAAGACGAAAGUCAACUAUGCGUUUGCACACUAGUUAAAGAAGUAAGCACGAUUUUGGUAGUUUGAACAAAAUGAGCUCAGAUAAAAUAUGA